AAUAAAAGAAAAAAAAAAGAUUUUGAUUUUGAUUUUCUCAUUUUCCAUUUCUCCGAAAGUGAAACAGUGUUGUUGUUGUGAGAUCAGAGCAGAGCAAAGCCCCUAAAAAUGGAAGCAGAGAUGGAAGAGAAGAUCACCAAAACGGUGCGUUCCAUUCUUCAACAAUCCAACAUGGAUGACGUCACUGAGUACAAGGUUCGAAAACAAGCCUCCGACCAACUCAACCUCGACCUCUCCAAACCUCCUUACAAGGCUUUCGUUAAGAAAGUUGUUCAAUCUUUCCUAGAAGAACAACAACAACAAGAAGAAGAAGAAGAAGGACAAGAAGAACAGCAGACCGGUGAUGGGGAGUACGAUGAUGAAGGCAAUCUAAUUGUUUGCAAGUUAUCAGAGAAGAGGAAGGUGACAGUUCAGGAUUUUCGAGGGAAAACUUUGGUGUCUAUUAGGGAAUACUUUAAGAAAGAUGGAAAGGAGCUUCCUACUUCUAAAGGGAUCAGUUUGACAGAAGAACAAUGGUCAACCUUUUACAAAAAUGUACCUGCUAUAGAGAAAGCCAUUAGUAAAAUGGAAUCAAGGAUCAUGUGAGACUGUGAUCUAGCCAUUAAAUUAGUGAAGCUAUCUCGAAAUGUAACUUGUACUUCUUAUCUACUUGUUGUGGCUUUGUCAAUUUAAUGCAGUAACUUAUGACUGUAGUAGUGUAUCUUAAUACAUGGGAUAGAACAACGACCAUUGUUGAAAUGAACUUUUGUGAUGUUUCUAUCUAGCUCUGCAAAGCAAACUCUACUAUGCAUUGUUUGGUCUCAAUCUGUUCAAGCUGUUUCAUUUGUGGAAUGAGUUGAUAGAACAUCACUUUUUGAACUGAUGUCAAAGUUAUCUUUCAAAUUUAAAUGAGAAAAUGGGAUUUAUUGUAGAA